AUGUCGGACCCGUUCAAGGCUCGCACGCUUAAACGCAAGAACGUGAAAGGGCUGGCUCUCAAUGCGCCCCCCAAGCCCAGCGCAAACACCCCUUCCGAGGGCGAUGCUCAGAUUCCAGGUGCGAUCGGCAAUGCUGAGAGCAACCGUACCGACACCUUAGAGAUUGGCUUGGAAUUUCGGCUGGAUCUCCGGAGUGAGGACCUGGUGAUGCUGAAGGAACUGGGCGCUGGCAACGGUGGUACCGUGUCGAAGGUGAAACAUGCGUCAACCAACGUCGUGAUGGCUCGCAAAAUCAUCCGAGUCGAUGCCAAAGAGAACGUGCGGAAGCAAAUUCUCAGAGAACUACGAGUGGGCCACGACUGCAACUGCCCGAACAUUGUGACUUUCUACGGAGCUUUCCAGAAUGAGGCGAGGGAUAUCGUUCUAUGUAUGGAAUAUAUGGAUUGCGGAUCUCUUGACCGGAUUUCCAAGGACUUCGGCCCUGUUCGAGUGGAUGUGCUGGGGAAGAUUACCGAGUCCGUUCUCGCCGGUCUGGUUUAUUUAUACGAAGUCCACCGGAUCAUGCACCGUGAUAUCAAGCCUUCCAACAUUCUUGUCAACUCCCGGGGCAAUAUCAAACUCUGUGAUUUUGGUGUGGCCACUGAAACCGUGAAUUCAAUCGCCGAUACAUUUGUUGGAACUUCGACCUACAUGGCCCCAGAACGUAUUCAGGGUGGUGCCUACACGGUCCGGUCGGACGUGUGGAGUGUGGGUUUGACGGUCAUGGAGCUGGCUGUCGGACGCUUCCCGUUUGAUUCGUCAGAUUCGACCGCGGGCGACCGUGCCAGCGCGGGCCCCAUGGGUAUUCUCGAUCUGCUUCAACAAAUUGUCCAUGAAACCGCCCCAAAGCUGCCCAAGAGCGAUGCUUUCCCGCCGAUUCUGCAUGACUUUGUUGGCAAAUGUUUAAUGAAGAAAUCGGAAGAGCGACCAACUCCUCGCGAGCUCUAUGACAAGGAUGCUUUCCUCCAAGCAGCGAAGCGCACUCCGGUAGAUCUGCAAGACUGGGCUAUAAGCAUGAUGGAUCGACAUAACCGCAAGUCAUACUUGGCAGCACCAGCACCAAAAUCGCUCAAAGAGGGUAUCACUCCGACCUCCAACAGCUCUUCCUCAGUCGCUACUCCUUCGACAGCGACCGCUUCUAAGCCACCUCCCAUCAGUAAAUCAUCGGUCCACCCUCCCCAACUACAGACCUCCAACUCCUCGGGCGAGAUUCCUCUUGUACAUGACACUUCAUCUCCAGCCCGAUACUACGGCGCGUCGGCUCACCAAUCUUCAAACUCCCGUUCUGGACGAUCUCUUCAACCACCGUCAUUGGAACACCUCUCUCUUGAGACGAGGGACGAUAACGACGCGCGCUCCGGCCGUCAUCAACACCGCCACCACGGGGAUCCGGUGUCUGCCAUCGAUGCGCCCUCACGGCCAUUUAUGAGCCCACGUUCGAUCAGCUCACACAACAACAAGACCCGCACUAACCUGAACCCCGCCGUGAUGCCCAUUUCUUCAGCUAUGCCACCACCCACUGGACCUCCUCCACCACCCCCUGUCUCCGCCGGUAACAACUACCGCGGAUACCCUGGAGCGAGUUCGUAA